GAUAAAAUGCUAGUGCCGCUCUGGAAGCCUUCAUUUAGAACGGGAGAAUCGUACAGAGCUAGUCUUACAUUCUUUGCGACGAUUGUCACGGAAGAAUUCCAGUGUUUACGAGUCUACUUGUUGACUUUUGCUGUUCCGUUGGUUAUGUAAGAAAACUUCGCUGCAUUGAAAUUUAGCCAUAAUUUCAGUGUUCAGGAUAAAAACACUCGCGAACGUAUAAAAUCUAGAACUGUAUUAACUGAAAGUUUGCAUUCGUUAUCUGAUCUUUCUUUUUUUAAAUUUGUGUGUGUGUGCGUGAGUGAGACAGCUGAGUCGAUAGACGAGAACUAUUUACAAUGACUGUCGAUUCAACUUCUUUUAUACGGGUCGUGGUUUUGGGAGCGAGAAAAGUUGGAAAAUCUGCUGUAACAGUACGGUAUCUGACCAAGAGAUACAUUGGUGAAUACAGUUCGAGUAGAGAUUUGCUGUAUAAGCAUGGGGUGUUUGUGGACAGCCAACCGUGUGAAGUUGAAAUCCUUGACACCUCCAGAUUCCAGGAUGAUGUUUUUCCUGCUGAUAAGGUCGACUGGGCGGAUGCUUUCAUUGUUGUAUACAGUACAGCGGACCGCCGUAGUUUCCAGGUAGCAACGGAUAGUUUGCGACGAAUUCAACAUCAAGUGGCAGGCAGGCAGGUGCCAAUAAUUUUACUUGGCAACAAAAGAGAUCUAGAGCAUGUUAGACAAGUAAGCGUUGACGAUGGCCAAGAGAUGUCUUUGCAGUUCCAGUGUCAGUUUUAUGAAGUUUCUGCAGCUGAUUCACAUGUGGGAGUAACUGUAGCCUUUCAAAGUGUUUUACGUGAGGCUUAUUCACUGAAAACUCGGCGAUCGCUACCCAUUCGACAGAAACUGGGGUCCAUGACUGUGUCGAAGAUGAUUGGUGCUGUUUUUGGUAAAGCUGUUAAAAAUGACAAAAAGAAACGGCCAUCUCUGUCUUUAUAAUCAUAUUCAUUUUUGAAAACGUGACUAAUCAUUUUUUUUAUAGUCUUAAAACGCAUCUGAUAUCAAAAGUUUGUUAUUUCUAGAAAACGAUCCUGCGGGAAUGAUACUAGGUUCAUUAAGGAUAAGACACCUUUGAUCCCCCCUUAAGAGCCUACAGUUUCUAUAUGGGCUUGUAUUGAGAGGUUUAAGGGAUAAAAGGUUGAUGUGUUAGGAAAGUAUAUUUAUAUAUAAACUUAUAAAUGUUAUAUGAAAAAAUAGGUCUAGAAGGUUUGUUAAUUACUGGGAAGGGGGGGGGGGUAGGUGUGUAUCAACAUGUGAGCCUAAAAGAUAUCAUUUAUAAAUUCUUAUUAUUAUAUUUGCUCAUUUGGCUUAGAAAAUUGAAUAUUCUUUACGAUGAUGUUAAAGAUAAUGUUAUUGAGUAUUGACCUCUAAGAAACCUAAUUAUUUUACAUUUGGUGUUAUCGGUGUGUUUAUGGUAGAGUAUUUGAUGGAUGAUAAUUAGCAAUGAGAAAUAGAACACACAUAUUUAGAUAACAGAAUUUAAAAUCAAUCUAUUUGGGAUUAAAAAGCUGAUCAGAACCUUCCAUUUCCAAACAUUCCAUUUUGGUACUGCUCUGUGAUGUUUUUAAAAUAUAAUUCUUGAAUAAUAAACAAAUAAAGAAUGUACAUAAAAGGAACGUUGUAUUUUACUUUUGUAAAUAAUUAAAUGUUUUGUUUCAUUUAAAAUUAUUUAUAGAUUUACGUUCACUGUCAAGGUUUUCGUAAGGCCUAAUUAUUGAUGUAAAUAAGUCACCUCAAAGUGUACAUCUAGUGCUGUACAUAUUGAUGUACAUAUUAAGUACAUUUGUUGUUUUAUUUUCAAACAUAAUAAUUGUGGAAAUUUGUUUUAAUUAAAGCUUUUUUCUAUUAUUAUGAUGAACGUUAUAUGUACAUAGAAAAAUUGUGUGUAAAUUAUUCCACUGUUACAAGCCAUUUUGCUCUCCUUGUAUAAUUUCCUGUUCAAACAAUUUUGUCAAGUAGUUGAUUGUAUAUAAAUGCUAUGCAAGUUGUUUGUUAGUAUUAAUUCAGGAAAAUAAAGAUUUAUCACAAUGAA